GUCAAUCAUUCACAACAUUUGAUCGAUAAUUAAAUAAAAAUUAUAUGCUAUACUAAUUCGAUAAAAGAACAUUAUAUUUUGCAAAUAUUAUACUCCAUCCGUCCCAAAAAAAUUUACACCUUUAAAAAAAAUUGCGUCUCACAAUCUCCUACCCAUUUCUAUUAAAAAACCAUUUUUACCCCUUACUUUUUCAAACCAUACCUAUCACAUCAUAUUUUUUCCUAACAAUCUACACAUCACAUCCUACUUUUACCCAUUACAUCAAAGGUAUUUUUGGAAAGUCAAUACAAAAUUAUCUCUCUCUUAAUUUCAACUUUAGUCAAAACGUGUAAAUCUUUUUGGGACGGAGGUAGUAUAAAAUAAAUCUAAUAAAAUUAUUUUUAUAUCAAUAUUUUUAGCAUCAAUUUUAUUUAAUUAGUAGUCCGAAAUGUAUAGUUGGUUGGGGAAAUGUUAGUUGUGUGGUGUAUAUAUAUGUAUAGAUGGAAUUGUGUGAUGCAGUAGUAAUGUUCGAAUCAAUGAUGCAAUUAGGAUGCAGAUGGAGGUGCAGAGAAGACUGCAUGAACAACUUGAGGUACAAAGGCAUCUCCAGUUGAGGAUUGAAGCUCAAGGAAAGUACAUGCAAACAAUCCUGGAGAAAGCAUGCCAAACACUCUCCGGUGGGGACACCAACAACCAUGUAGGGUCCACGACAUCGGCGUCCGGCGGGCCGUACAAGCUCGCCGGGAAUGCCCGUCCCCACCAGUCUGAAUUCGGGUUUCCGACCUUUCAAGAUCUCAACAUCUACGGCGACCACCUUGGCCUCCAGCAGACCAUCGACGGCUCCUCUUCCCUCGACGGGUUCUUGUGCAAUAACGGUAACAACGACAAUAACUUGUGUCUGGCCCCCGCGUCGCGGGGGAAGAAAAGGCCGGGCGACGGCGGCGGAAACGGAAAGAAUCCGAUGAUGAGCUGGUCGGCGGACGAGCUCGGGCAACCGCUGCUGAUGACAUCAUCGUGCGGCCUGGGACCGUCGCCGCACGACGACGACAACAACAACGGCGGGCCCCACAUGAUCCAAAUCGCCCCGCUCUCUCUCGACACGAGGGGGUGCAACGAGAUCGUGAUCGCCGAUUCUGUCCCCGAGUUCUACGAGCGAAAGCCGUCCCUCAACGUGUCUCCGCCCGGGGCGGGGGGAAGAGACCACGGGACGGUUAUCCUCGGAGAACUGGAGAACAAAUUCGACCCGACGACCCUCGGGAGACACUCCCCGAGGCGGGGACCACCGCAUCCCGGCAUGGUGAUGAACAUGAAUAUGCAGGCGGCGGCGCAAGGCCGGAGGACCUCUACUUUUGGGUAAUGCAGUAACAUUAUAUAUACAUAUAAUAUAGUAGCAUAAGUUAAUUGAAUUAAAUGUGAUUUUUAACCAGUGCUGCAAUAAAAAUGCAGAACUAUACUCCGUACAUGAUACCCAUACUACUUCUAGCUACUUAAUUACAUACCAUACGGGCCGGCCUGUAUUUUGAUUGAUUAUUUCACUGUGAUCUCUCGCGGGCUUAAUCAUUAUUC